ACGUUAGACAACACUUCUUAUUGAAUUUUUCAACCCUAAGUCCACUCACCACCACCAUCCUCAUUUAUAAACCACCUCACGGUUUUACUUUUCUCCAUCUUUCAUUUCUCUUCACUCACUCUAACUAAUUUCUCAUAUUCUAUGUUUUUCUCUAAUUACUUUUGGAGAAAAAUCAUACUUUCUUUCAAUUAAUGCAUUCAUCACACUAUAAAUAAAUCUUCAAAGGAAAAGUACCAUUUCUUCAUCUAAGACAACCAUUUUAUCUCUAGAAUCUAGUAUGAAUUUUGUUAACAAACAACAUCACUUGAUCAUCUAUCCUGUGUCACAAGCUCAUCCACCUAUCCAAAAUCAUCAUGAUUCUAGUACAAAUUUUCCAAUAGUAAUCAUUGUAGUAGGAAUGAUGGUAACAUCUUUCUUGCUAAUGGCAUACUACACCUUUGUUAUCAAAUGCUGCUUCAAUUGGAACAAUAUUGAUCUUGAUAGAGGAAGACGUUUUUCUUUUUCAAGACAACAUGAAGAACAAUCUACGUCAUACUCGAUGACAUCGGAUCAUAGAGGAUUAGAACAAUCGGUGAUUAAUUCAAUUCCGGUGAUUCAUUACAAACUAGAGAAAGAUUAUGGUGAAUUAGGAAUCUCUAGUGAAUGUGCUUUUUGUUUGAGUGAGUUUCAAGAAGAUGAGAAACUAAGAGUUAUACCAAAUUGCAACCAUUUAUUUCACAUUGAUUGUGUUGAUAUUUGGCUUCAAAACAAUGCAAAUUGUCCACUUUGUAGAAGGAAAGUUUCAAUGACAAGAGAAAUCCAAGUUGAGCAUGUUGUAACUCCAAGACCUUCACCUUAUUUUGAAAGGCAAAAUGUUGAAAACAUCAUUGAUGGUUGUGAAGAUUUUGUUUCAAUUGAUUUGGAUAAUAUUGAAAAUGGUCAUGAAGGUCAAAACUUGCAUGAAAGAAUAGAAGAAAGAGGUAAAGAAUUAGAGGUACCAAGAGAUUCACACAAGAAAGCACUUAAGCUUCAAAAAGUGUCUAGCAUGGGGAAUGAGUGUAUUAAAGACAAAGAUGAUGGCUUCUUAGUUCAACCAAUUAGAAGGUCUUUCUCAAUGGACUUAGCAAUAUAUAAAUCUUUAUAUCAACCUAAUUUGCAUGUUCACGAGGUUAGUUCCAUUGAAGUUUGUGGUGAUAGUAGUAAUAGACCUAAGAGAUCAUUCUUUUCCUUUGGACAUGGAAGUAGAUCAAGAAGUGUUGUUUGACCAAUUCAUUUGGACCCUUGAAAGUUUCUUUAGCAAGUAAAUUAGCAUUUUGGUCUUUCAAAUUGUAAGAGUUGGUUUGUUUAGUCCCUCAUAUUUGUGGAAUAUGAAUUUAUUCCCUUAGAUUGAAUAAUGCCACUAAAUUCCCUUUGUGGAAUAUGAGCUGUAUUUUCAUGAAUGUUUAUUAAAUUGAUAUUUUGAUUGAGGGACUAAAUUGAUGUUCUUCAAUUUAAGAGAUUAAUUUGUUGUUUCAUAAAUAUUUAAGGGUCUAAAUUGUU